CUGGAAUUCGAUAACAACUAACAGUCAGCAAAAUGGGUAUUGACCUCGACCGACACCACGUCAAGAAGACGCACCGCAAGGUCGCGAAGAGCAAUGAUCCAUAUAUCAAGCUCUUGGUCAAGCUAUACACCUUCCUUGCGCGCCGCACGGACAGUCCGUUCAAUCAGGUUGUUCUGCGCCGUCUGAAGAUGUCCAAAAUAAACAGACCUCCAAUGUCCAUCUCUCGCAUUGUUGCGAAUGCUGCUCCCAAGCACAAUCCAAAUGAACACAGCAAGAAAACUAUCGUGGUCAUUGGCAAAGUUACUGACGAUACGCGCCUCCUCGAAGUUCCGAAGCUCACUGUUGCCGCCCUUCGAUUUACUGCUACUGCUCGUGCACGUAUCGAGAAGGCUGGUGGUGAAUGCCUAACGAUCGAUGAGCUUGCCCAGCGUGCUCCAACCGGCGCUAAUACACUGCUGCUCCGCGGUCCCAAAAAUGCUCGUGAAGCCGUUAAGCACUUUGGCUUCGGUCCACACUCACACAAGAAGCCAUACGUUCAGAGUAAGGGUCGCAAGUUUGAGCGGGCUCGUGGCCGCAGACGGUCUCGCGGCUUCAAAGUUUGAUCCCGAAUUCUCGGCGUUAGGAAGACUCAUGAUAAGAGUGUCCUUCUGUGCAAUCUUAUCCCUGGGGUAUGAUUUCAAAUUCUGUGGAUGCUUAGAAAGGCGUUGGCUGCGAGAUAUAUAUCAAACUUUGCUCCCACCAGCUAAGGUGCCCGGUCAGCUCUGUAGCCUUUUCAAAAAUGGAGAUGAACAUCACACGCAUUUUAGACUCUAUUUUUCUUGUGACUAGUAAUGAUCCGCAACAGCGUACAUUUCAUAUAUGUGCUUCGAAUACUUCUCAUCAAUCAUUCAAUGAGCAAUGCGUUCCGUACGCCCAGAUUUUGAUUUACCUGUACAUGAAUUCUAAUAAUGCUCACAUCGAGAAAUCAUAACUCGCUCACGACUGAUCUCUAGUCUUAGACCACCAAGGUUGAUCGAUCUUGCUCAUGAAGUAAUCUCCG